AUGGAGCCAAGUCAUCUUCUGAUGCGACUGGACGUUCUGAUGACACCGAACCUGUGGCCGCUGCGGGGCCUCAACAUGAAAAAUCAUAAGUACAAUCUCGACGCUCAGAUCGGCGAAUCGUCCGCCUGCGCUACGGCACUCCUCUGCGGUGUAAAGGCGAACUUCGAGACUGUCGACCUGGACAUCAGAGGGAAGUUCAGGAACUGCACGCGUAGCUUCUUGUCGAGGGUGGAGUCCCUCACUGACUGGGCUCAACAGGAAGGCUUCUUGGUCACUGACUUGUUUUGGAUCUCUUCGGCUCCAAGAAUCAAGUCUUUGAUGCGUCAGAUUUCAGACGCAGCGCUAAGAGGAAGGUGAAAAGGAGCUGAACUCAAUAUUCACGUUGAAUGAACCC